AUGAACAAAAAGUCUCAUAAGAAAAAGCAGAAGCGAAGGACGCGCAAUGAUGGGAGAAAUAAAGAAAAUAUUAUUAGUGAAGUUCCAGUCAGCCCCAAAGAAGAGAAAGAUGAUACAGAAGAAUCCAAAAUCAAGCAGGAUGAACUUAAAAAAGACUUGUGCUAUGAAAUCAAACAUUCAGAUGUUAUGGGCAGAUACGUCGUAGCUACACGAGACAUUAAGCCUGGCGAAGUGAUCAUAGAAGCACCGGCGCUGGCCGUAGGGCCCUGCUCCGGGUGCGGACUGAUCUGCCUCGGAUGUUAUAGAGAAUUAGAUGAAACUAGUUUAACACAAUGUUCAGGUUGUAAAUGGCCUCUGUGCAGUAGCUCAUGUUCUGGACUGGGCAAAUACACUGGACAUUCGACUUACGAGUGCAAGACCUUGAAAUCAGUUGUACCUGACUACAGUAAGAUGGAGGAUUUGAAAGACUCAUAUCAAGCAUUAACGCCAUUAAGGUGUCUCCUUCUGAAAAAAGAGGAUCCAGAGAAAUGGAAAGCAGUAUCGUCAAUGGAAGCUCACAAUGCUAUCCGCCGCGCAAGGGGGGACAUCUGGCCCAUGAAUGAAAGGAAUGUGGUGCAGAGGUUCAAGAAGUGGGGUUUGGACUUCAAUGAAGAGGAGAUACAUACUGUGUGUGGUAUUUUGGAGGUAAAUGCAUUCGAAGUAGGUGGUAGUGGUGCAAACGCCCGCGCACUAUACGAUGCGGCGUUUCUCCUGGCCCACGACUGCACGCCCUCCACCACGCACACGGACGCAGAGCGGCGGCCCGGACGACCGCUCACAGUCCGAGCUUCAAUACCACACAAAACCGGAGACAUUAUAUCGCUUUGCUACGCCUAUACCUUACAGGGUACUCUCAAACGUCGUGAGCAUCUGAAACUGAGCAAGUUCUUCGAAUGCGCAUGCAAGCGGUGUUCUGAUCCCACAGAGUUGGGGACAUAUGCAAGCGCAUUCCGUUGUCCGAAGUGCACCGCGCGAGUGCUCCCUACCGCGCCGCUAAGCCCAGCCGCGCCGUGGCGUUGCGGGCACUGCACCUAUGAGAUGCCAGCUACUGCAGUACAAGUGCUACUAAAGAGAUUAACGGACGACUUUGACCAAAUAGAUGCAAACGACGUCGCUGGCUUCGAAACAUUCUUAUCUAAAUACAGAAACGUCCUUCACGACAGCCACUACUUGUGUCUUUCCGCGAAACACUCCCUGAGCCAGUUGUAUGGAAAAGUUACAGAUUACAUGAUACAUCAAAUGUCUGAAGCACUGUUGCAAAGAAAAGUGGAAAUCUGCAGGGAUUUGAUGAAGGUGUUUGACAUUAUUGAGCCAGGAUAUUCUAGAUUGCGAGGAAUAACUCUAUACGAGCUCCACGCUCCACUUAUGGUGCUCACCACCAGGGAUUUUGAAAGGAAAGCUAUCACUAAAGAAAAUCUACGUAAUCGCUUAAAAGAGAUCGUGAGCUACCUAACGGAAUCCGCAUUGAUACUGGGAUUUGAACCGAAACAUUCGCCCGAAGGUUUGAUGGCUUCCGCCGCUCGCGACGCGCUCAAGAAGAUCAAGACCUGGGAACAAAUCAUUGGCAAAAUCUCC